GCCCCACGGGCCGUGCGACGUGUCCGGGCGGCCCGUCACCCGUCAGGGCAGGGAGCCCGCGUGUAAAACACAGGGUCAUCGCUACAGAAAUUGCUUAAACGUCCCGCGUUCCUCUCGGUCCCCACUGCGAGUCCGCUGUCGGCGGGGCGGCACUGCCGUACGCGGUGCUCGGUGAGAGCCGGCGAGUCGCCGUGCGGCACCGCGGAGUGGGAGCCCCAAUUCGGCGAACGGACGGGAUCCUCAGCGCCGGGACUAAAAGAUUCAGAUAUGUCCUUCAUAUUUGACUGGAUUUACAGUGGCUUCAGUAGUGUAUUACAGUUCUUAGGACUGUACAAGAAAUCAGGCAAACUAGUUUUUCUUGGACUGGACAAUGCUGGAAAAACUACACUGCUGCACAUGCUCAAAGAUGACAGGCUGGGACAGCAUGUCCCCACACUACACCCCACUUCAGAAGAGCUGACAAUUGCUGGUAUGACUUUCACUACUUUUGAUCUGGGUGGACAUGCUCAAGCUCGCAGAGUGUGGAAAAACUAUCUGCCUGCUAUUAAUGGCAUCGUGUUCUUGGUGGACUGCGCAGAUCAUGACAGACUGCUUGAAUCAAAAGAAGAGCUCGAUUCACUAAUGACAGAUGAAACUAUUGCUAAUGUGCCUAUCCUAAUCCUUGGUAAUAAGAUUGACAGACCUGAAGCCAUCAGUGAAGAGAGGUUACGAGAGAUGUUUGGUCUGUAUGGCCAGACAACAGGAAAGGGCAGUAUACCAUUGAAAGAACUGAAUGCAAGGCCACUAGAAGUGUUCAUGUGCAGCGUGCUAAAGAGACAAGGCUAUGGAGAAGGAUUCCGUUGGAUGGCACAGUACAUUGAUUAAUGCCAAGAUCACAUUAGUGCAUCCUGUCCCAUGUCUGAAUAUUAAGUCUGCUCCUUAUUUGAUCACUCAGUGUACACAACUUGGAUUCAUUUGACUGUUUAGUUAUAAAAGCAUCCAUUUUUACAUAAUUGUAUCUCCUAUGCUAAAUUGUAAGUGUGAGGAUUGAGAAAUUCUUUCAAGCAAGUUUGUAAGCUGAAGUACCACCACAUGUUAGCUUUCUAAUCCCAUACAGCAUUCUUUUGCAACGUUUAAUUUAACGAGUCUCCAGCACCAUUUUUGGACAGAGCAACUUUCCAGUACAGUAUGUUUGAAUGCACUUUUUAACAGCUAAAAACUGCAAACGUGAGAAAUAUUUAAUGCUUAUCAUGUUAAAUUUUUUUAUGUACUUUUUUGAAACUGGUUUUAUAACUUUAGAGUAUAUAACCAUCUUUCAAGGAAUAAUAAAUAAUUAGCUGAUGGAUAAUUGCAUGAUGCCUUACAGUUUUCAAUAAUAUACUUUCUUAUGCAACGUCAUGCAAUAAAUUUAAAUCCAGUUUUUGGCAACUUUAA